AUUGAGCAGUUUGUUCUGCCAUAUUUAGGUGGUUUCCAGAUUCCCAUUUUAACAUUAAUCAUAGAUGACCAACCUUUAUUUUUAGGUAAGGUACUGUAGUCCAAGACUAAUGCUAAUUGUGGAUUGUAAAUCUAGAUUAUUGUGUUUAACGUUCCAACAGUAGAAAGCUGCAGAGCAAUGAAACAGGCAGGUGGAAGGAUUACUAUAUAAAUUAUUAAAUUAAUCUUAUUGCACACUCAUGCCCUCAAGCUUUUAUACUCUGAAUCUGAUGAAUGUUGCAAUAGCUCUGAAAAUGAACCUGGUUGAAAUCUUUGGCACCCAACGAUCUUUUAGUGUGUGUGUGUGUGUGUGUGUGUUCAUGUUAUUUUUAAUGUAUUUUCUGGCUGUGACACACAAAACAGCUUUCGGGUGGAAAAGGAAAUGUUGACGUGCAAACACCACAUGAAAGCACUGAUGUGUGUUAUCUGUUUUUUUUUUUAAUCAUUAAGGCCCACUGUUGUGCAAUGGAUAUCAAAAGCACCAUUCAAUAGAGAAGUGAGAUUUAUGGAUUUAAGGCAAGUUUAAUAAUUCUGGGCAUGUAUUUCUAAAAAUAAGUUUGCGUACUCAAAACAAGUAAAUGCAAGGCACAAUAGACACUCAUAAUUUUAGAAUCAGAAAAUGAGUAAGGCACCCUUUGGGGAAUAUUAUUUUGUAGAAUAUUUAAAACCAAAUGUGUCUUACUGAAAGAAAAUCUACAAUAGCUACAAACUGUUAGUCAAAAUAAAUAAAUAAACCAAUAGGACUGCCAGUUUUGAACUUUUCAGCAUUCUGUAACAUGUAUUAUAUAACAUAAAAACAAAACAAAUGAACUAACCAGCUUUUAAAAAAAAAAAAAAAAAAAAAAAAAAAAGGUUGGUAGUUACACCACUAGUGGAAUGGAAUCACUUGUGAAAUACCUGGAAAACCAUUUUAUAGUGAAUCUUCUGGGUUAGUUUACUAUUUCUAUGCAGCCAAACAUAUCCCUAACAAUAGACUGGAUACUGUUGUGAUGCAAUAAACAUUGGGAACCUAGGCAAUAAUAAGUACACCUCUGAUAACCGGUUUUCCCAUGUGGGCUUGUGUAAAUUCAGUUACACUUCAAUGUUGCUGCCCCCGGCUAGUUAUUUCUCAAACAGUGGGGUGUUCGCUGCUGAGAUUAGUACCUCUCCAGCGUCCUGUUCUUGAAUGGAGAAAAAUCCAGACACACAAACUGAACUGCUUCAACUCCUGGUUGCCAGGAAACGUCUCCAAGGCAUUGAGAGAAAAGAAAAGCAAGAGAUUCUUCAUGCUGCUGUUAAAGCCUCUCUCAAACACAUGCUGUAUGUUGAUUUUAGGACGGCCUACAGAAUAUUCUGAAAGUCAUUCGUUACUGAUCUGUUAAUGUGCAGUGCAAUGCAAUCUGCUAGAUUUCUUUGGAUGAAGAAAGAAGCCAUGUUCUGCAGCGCCUAGAGGAGAACAACAUGGGAACCAUGAGCCCUGAAACUAUGGACACCAGAGAAACAUCAAAGAAAGAGAUGGAUCAUCUGGAAAACAGGCUAAACAUGAAAGAUUUUAUGAAGAUGCAAACACUUUUUGUGCUACCAGACCUGAAAGAACCUGUAUGCAUGACCAGGGAAGAGUUUGUUGACAAAAUCUUCUCCCUUGUUGGCCGUGGCACAAGGGAGGAAUACGGAGAGCUGUUUGACAAGAUCGAUGUGACUCGAGAUGGUGUUCUUGGCUGGGACAAGCUGACAUCUUUCCUGCUGUUGGAGUUGUCCGAGAAAGAUGAGCGAGCCAAAUCUUUACUGGUUCCUCAGUGGAAGGACCUUAAACUUCUUCCGUCUUCACUCAAGGAACAUAUCCAAAAGAUUGUGUACCUGAAGAGCACCAGCCGAUACCUGGUCAUUAGCAAGGAUGGAUUGCUGGAAAUCUGGGGUGAAAACCUUGCUCCACAGAAAACUCUACGAGUUGCCACCGAUUCUGUCAAACCCAAGGACCUUUGGGUUACAAGUAUGGUUUCACUACCAAAUGUAAACAAGAUAGCAGUUGGGUUUACCAGUAAGGAGAUUUGCUUUUAUGACCUGCUUUCUAAACAAGAGUUCUCAUGCCAGUAUAAACUGCAAGAUCUUGAAAAUACACCAAUAAGUAUGGAUUACUGGUAUGACCCUAGCAAUGGAAAUGAGGCAGUGCUGAGCUUUGGUGAUGUAGGUGGACAGGUAAAUGUGAUUUGUUUUACUUCAGCCCUCAUUUCAUUGUUUGAGAGGCCAUGCAACUCAACUGAGCAGGAGUCAGUUAUAACCUUUAAAUGGCAGGAGCUUGUCAGUGUUCAUCAGACGUGCUGCUAUGUUUUGAGACACAAGGCUCAUAGCAAGAACUGGGUCCGACAAGUCAAAUACUUGGGCAAUUUGGAAGCUUUCAUUUCCUGUGCUACGUGCAGCACAAACAGCAUGGUGUUAGGAUGGAAGGAAAAUAAAAAGAUACCUCGUACCACAGCUUUCCACAUCAGCAAAGGAGUCACGGCAUUUGACUACCACGACGGGCUGAAAUUGAUUGCCACUGCUGGUAUUGAUAACAAAGUGUGUCUUUGGAAUCCGUAUGUGAUCUCUAAGCCAAUCGGUGCUCUCCGGGGUCACAUGGCCAGUGUCACAGCAGUACAAUUCAUUGUCAGAAGAAAGCUGCUGCUGAGCUUUUCAAAGGAUAAGAUUUUAAGAGUUUGGGAUAUUCAUCACCAGUUGUGCAUCCAACGUAUAGCUGGUAUAUUCCCCAAGCAUCUAGAUUUCCAUUCCUUACUGUACUUUGAUGAGGAGCAUGGAAGACUUUUCACUACGUUUAACAAUCAACUGACACUUUGUGAACUAAAGCAAGAGACUGGCAGAGUUACAAGCCAUGAAAAGCCCAUUAGCUGUGUUCUUUAUAACAACGUCUUCAAGCAGGUAAUCAGUUCAGAUGUUGGUUCUACUGUAACCUUCUGGAUGAUUGAUACUGGGCAGAAGAUUAAACAAUUCACCCAAUGCCAUGGCACUGCUGAGAUCACCACAAUGGCACUGGAUGCUUCAGAGACCAAACUCUUUACAGGAGGGACGGACGGAACCGUGAAGAUCUGGGAUUUCAACAACCAUUGUCAUCACAAGCUCAAUGCAGGACGGGAUCAAGCUGAAGAAAUCUCCCAGAUCUUUGUGCUGAAAAGGACUGUUUUAGUUUUGGGAUGGGAGAGGAUAAUUACAGUGUUCCGGAUGAACACCUUCACUCAGUUCUUUGUGCAGCCUUCAGAAUGGAAAGGAGGAGUUCAACACCAGGACGACAUCCUCUGUGCAGCGUUCCUCCCUUCACAAACCCUGGUCACUGGAAGUUAUGAUGGUGAAAUAGUAAUAUGGAACAACAACACCGAAAAUGCCUUUCGCAAACUCCAUCCAGACAGUAAAAGAGCAUUGAAAUCAAAGUCAGAUAGUCAGUUUCUUAAGCGGACAAAGUCUACUGCAACUCAUCGUCAGAAUUCAGCGUUUUCCAGUGACAUUAGUGAAAACGACACAGAGUGUAACUAUGCUGUAACACGACUUUUCUUCCUGGAAGCUAGAAAGAAUAUGUCUGCUCUAGGAGGAGCAAACCUUGUGUCUUGUGGAGGCUCAGGUUUCGUCAGGUUUUGGACCACGUCAAAAAUCUGCUUGCUUGGGGAAUUUAUCGCUCACAAAGACACAGGUUCCAUUAUCAUGACUGUCGAUAGAACAUGCAAAUACCUUAUCACGGGUGACAUUGACGGAUGUGUCAAAGUUUGGAACAUACAGGAGUACUGCCUGCAUUACAGUGAUAGUGUUAUCAAUCAGCCACCUCCACUUCUGACAGUCUUCCAGCCACACGUGGACUGUGUUACUCACCUGGAAACGUGUGAGCACAGUGGGAGAUUGCUCAUCAUUUCAGCAUCAGCUGACUGCAGCGUUGCUGUUAGCAAUAUCUCUGGAUCCCCUGUAGGGAUCUUUGGCCAGGAAGAACAUUGGCGUAUUGAUGAAAGUGCUGAACCUCUUUUUCCAAACACACACCAAUUAGAAGAAGAAGGGGAGGAGGAUGAUAAUGAAAGGAAGGUGGCACAUGAGGACAGAUCAAGAGAAAAGCAUUCGCCUGCUCCUGAAGGAGACCCUCAGGAUCAAACUGUACCUUUUGCACUGGAUGCUGCAGAACACCUUGCUCCGAGUAACCCAUGGGAAAACACAAUUUUAGGGAAAAGAUAUGAAGAAGCCAGAAAUUCAAAAGAGAAUGAACACAAACCAUUUAUCUGGGAGCAAACACAAAGUUCUAUUGGUACUUUUAGUUCACUGCAUAUUGAAGACCUCAGGGAUGUGGGUGAAGUUGACAAACCAGAUUUCAUAAUCAAUCCUCACAAGUACUUUGGGGAGAAGACUGAAGAGAAGACCCCUCCACCCCCCCAACUUCCAGGGCUCUCUGAAACACUGAAAGCUGCCUUUGAUGAGAAGAGUUUUUUUCCAAAAGAAAUUCUCGAACAGGAACAGAAAGCUGGACAGUUUUACAAGCAGCUUUCCAAUGAGGUCAAAGUCAGGAAGAAACAAAGCCGAGCACGAGACAGAAAAGCACAUGGAAAUUCUCCAUCAGUUUUCAAACCUUGAAGUGAUCUCAUAAACAUCUUUAAGUUCAAGCUGUUUGAAAAACUCCUUUUAAACUGUUCAGCACACUUUUCUGUCUCUAAUAAUGGAAGGUUUUAAUCUGACUCAAUACCUUUGAUGCUAAUGUAUGCAGCAGUAUUUCCUUUUACAUAUUACAGUAUCAUAUCAAGUAUUGUAUUUAUAUUUUUGUAGUGCAAUACUUAUUAUAUGAAUGCCAUUGAAAAGCAAAAUAAAAUGUUUUUUAUAUCUGCA